AUGCCGUAAUAAUAAUAAAAAAACCUAGAUGAAAAUCCAGAAUAAUAUCAAAAUUCUUAAUAAACUUAAUAAAAAAUCUACUUGAAGAUUUUGCUCGUGGUUGGAAUCAAUAAGAGCCAUAAUUUUGCUAACAAAACUUAUUUUAAAAAUCAAAUCAAAUUUAAUAGCAAUUAAAGUACUUAAUAUUAAUAAUUCAAUUAUAGUUCGUUUAAUUUAGAUGGACAAUUAGGAAAAAUUGGAUAAAGACUUUUCUUAACGAUAAUAAAAUAUAAACAUCAUAACCAGUUGUUGGAAAUUUGGCUUAUUUAACAUUUCCUUAAAUACAUACUUAACCAAUUCCUUAAUCAUAACUAACUCCUUAUGA